CACAGAAUUGGACGAAACUUUACGAUAAAGUGUCCAUACGAUCAUAGGCACGGAAAUCACAUUAUUCGAUAUGGAUUGCAUUAAUUUCUCUGAAGAAAAUUUUGAUCCAUGUGUAUGGAUUAAUAAUUUAUUUAAAAUGGAACCUAACAAAGAGGGCCAGAUAUCUUCACAACUUUUUGAAUUGCAACAAACAAUUCAGGAAAGAAAUUUAUUAAUGGAGGAUUCUUGUUGCAAAUUAUUGUAUACCAUUUCUAAAAUCUUGAAGGAUAUCAACACUUUAAAUUUAGAAAACAAUUUUUUAGCUGAUAGAUUAAACAUAAAUCAAACAUCUAUAAAACAAAAAGAUGAUGCUAAUAGCAAUUUAAUAAACUCUCUCGAAGAUAUGGAUAAAAUGAGAAAUAGAUUAAGAGAUGUCAAUUGUGCUAUUUUGGAAGCUCAAAAUUGGAAUGGACUAGUUUAUGAGAGUGAAAAGGCAAUAGCAUUUGCCCUAACUCAAGACAACCAAGAACCCCUUCAAAAUGCUUUAGAUUAUGUUAAAAGAACUCAGAAUAGUUUUCAAAUUCUAUCGUGCUUUCCUGAACAUGAAUCAAAAUUGGAAAAACUUAGAACUUUACAAGAAGAUUUAGAAAACUGUAUUAGCACAAUCUUAAUCACAAAUUUGAAUAAAAAAUUAAACACCACUACUAAAGAUGUUGAUCUAAAUGAUAUAAAUAGCUUGAUAAGCAUGUAUAGUGAAAUUGAUCUUAGGGACCAAGCUAUUCAAUAUUGUGAAAAAUGUUUUGUGAUAUGGAUAAAUAAUAGGUGGAUAUCCAUGAUGAUCAAUAACUCCGCCAAGAAAAAUAAUUCACCCGAUGACAGGAUUGUAGCUUUUGUAAACUCGUUAAAUGAAUAUUAUAUUGACCUUUCUGAAAAUUGGACAAAAUUGUUGACAUGGAAUCAGCAACUUUUUCCUGAUUGCUAUGUGCAAGUCUCCAAUCGCGUUGUAAUAUCAUGUUUGAGUAAAAUGUCACCUACUUUUGCGAAUUUUUUGGAUUGUACCAUUCCAUCUACACCAUUCGAAACAUUUGAUCCUAUUAAACGUAGCAUGGAUACCUUUAUUAUGACAAAUUUGACGAAGGUAGACGCAAUACCCAAUAUCCAUGACACACUGAAAUUUUUGGAUGCAUUAUAUUAUCCUCUUUACAAAGUUUUGGUUCCAUCAUACCUCUCAAUGCAGAAAAAUCUUUUUAAUAAAACUUUGUCUCAAAUAAUGAUUGAAAACUCUUCUACCCAAUCAAACGAUUUGGCCUGCUUGUUAAAAAAGUUUCAAGACGCCUUCACAAUUCUCGUCGGAGAAUUUGCUGUGGCAAUAGAUAUUUGUGCCUUGUUAGUGAACGGCACCUUGUUUCCUGAAUUAUUAGUACUUGUGAAACUGACGUUAAGCACUUUUUUGGAAUUUAAUCUAGCCUCUAUCAAAAACAAAAUCAUCCAAAUUAAUCUUCAACCCUGGCAAACUGCCUUGGAUCCUCUUAUGAAGAUAUGCCACUUCCUUGGCCUCCUAAUCGUGGAAUUUAGCACUCAUUUCCAACAGAAGGAACUUUUGAUACCCUCUAAAUUCAAAGCCUUUAAGCUUUACAGCUCCCUUAAUAUAUUGCAUAAUUCCGAACAGCUUUUAAGUAUCGAUCCACUUUCCCUGAAGUUAUUGGUCCAGCUUUUAACUCCUAUCCUAAAGACUCACGAUUUUGUGCUGGAUACUCCUUUAAAUAAUUAUUUUGAUCCCGAAAAAAUCGGAAGGUUAAAAUUAUGGUGGGAAGAUUUAUAUUCGCAUAAUCAAGCUAUGACCAUUGCAUAUGAGGAAGCAUUCCGCCCACUCUGUAUUUUUAGCAUAAAAGCUCUUAAAUCAACUUUGAGUGAACCUAUACAAACUCACUUAAGAAAUGUUCAUACUCAAAAUUUGUGGUUUUCUGACCAACAUACUUUAACCAAGUUGAGAGAUGGUGAUGCACCUGCUCUACACAUGGCAUAUAUACCUUCUGAAUAUAUUACCGAAAUUGGGCAAUAUCUAUUACUUUUACCCCAAUAUUUGGAAAGUUAUUCUUUCGAAAAUGAUUCUCCUUACAAAAUCGCAUUUGAAUAUUUCGGAUCCCACUUGGCUAACGGAACAGAUGAAAUAAAUACAGAUCCUCACAUAAUCACGGGAACAUCCAAAUACGAUAAUGCUGCUGAAUAUUGGCUGCAAUACCUUAUCGAUUAUACUUGCCAAGCUCUUGUGAAAGAUGUCUUACUUAAGAUCAAUCGCUUAAAUACAAAUGGUUGUCAUCAAUUGAUUUGCGACAUAGAUUAUUUCAUCAAUCUUUCAGAGGACUUGGGAUUUUUUGCUUCGGAUCUAUUAAGAAUGGUACGCCAUUUUUUGGUUAUCGAGGAUAGACAAAGUUUUGAAAAAGAUGCCCUCUUAGACGCUUACAUCGAUCACAAACAUUUAAUUGAUAAAUUAUGUCGUAUUCGUCUAUGGGAAUAGGAUUAAAAUUGUAGUUAUACCAUAUCUUUUGAUAAUUUUGGGCUACAUUAAGACGGGUUAUUCAUUACAAAUUUUAAUAAAAUUUAGGGUUACGGGCAUAUUUUUAUGGAUGACGGGGGUCGCAUAUAAUAUUGUUAUAUAUAAUAUAAUACACAGGUUGUUUUAUUUAUUUGAUAUCUGAUUUAAUAUAUUGUAAUUGUUGUUAUACCAUAUCUUUUGAUAAUUUUGGGCUACAUUAAGACGGGUUAUUUAUUACAAAUUUUAAUAAAAUUUAGGGUUACGGGCAUUUUUUGUGGAUGACGGGGGUCGCAUAUAAUAUUGUUAUAUAUAAUUUAAUAUAAUACAUGAGCUGUUCAACAGGUUGUUUUAUUUAUUUGAUAUCUGAUUUAAUAUAUUGUUUGAUGG